AUGUUGCGGGCGGUGGCGAGGUGCUGCUGCCACUGGCCGCCGGGCGCCGCGGCGGCGGACGAGAUGCUGUGGCAGACGGAGCUGCGGCCGCACGCGGCGGGGGAGUUCUCGAUGGCCGCGGCGCAGGCCAACCUGGUCAUGGAGGACCAGGCGCAGGUGCUGGCCUCCCCGGCCGACACGCUCGUCGGCGUCUACGACGGACACGGCGGGCCCGACGCCUCCCGGUUCCUCCGAUCCCGACUCUUCCCCCACGUCCAACGUGCGUUUGAUUGCUGUUUACUGGUAUCCGCCUCCUCCUUUCUGUGCCUUUGGUCGUUCCUCGCUGAUUCCGAGUUUCAUGUGGCAGGCUUCGCAAGGGAGCAGGGGGGCAUGAGCGCGGAGGCGAUUCGGAGCGCGUUCGGCGCGGCUGAGGAGGAGUUCCAUAAGCAGGUGAGGCAGGAGUGGACGAAGCGGCCGCGGCUGGCUGCUGUGGGCUCAUGCUGCCUGCUCGGGGCCAUCUCCGGGGACACGCUGUACGUGGCCAACGUCGGUGACUCCCGCGCCGUGCUCGGCCGUCGAGUGGUCGGCGGCGGGGUCGCUGUCGCCGAGCGGCUGUCCACCGAGCACAACGCGGCGUCCGAGGAGGUGCGGCGGGAGCUCGCCGCGCUCAACCCCGACGACGCGCAAAUCGUGGUGCACGCCAGGGGGUCGUGGAGGGUGAAGGGGAUAAUUCAGGUGUCAAGAUCCAUUGGUGAUUUUUAUCUGAAGAAACCGGAGUAUAGCUUGGACCCCUUGUUUCGGCAAGUUGGCGCCUUAUUCCAUUGA